AUGAACAUAAUCGUCUUCUCAGCCGAUGAUCCCUAUCGCAAUAAGCCAUGCACGUUCUUUUUGAUGAUAGCAGCGAUUGCACAUAGCGUUCAUCUGCUGAGUGCAACAUUAACGCGUAUUCUUGCAACGGGUUUCGAUAAAGAUUUUAGUACUAUGUCGAUUGUUUGGUGCAAAAUGCGACAGUAUAAUAUAGCCACUGCCGCUGGUAUAUCAUUAACAUGCCAAUGGCUCGCAGCUGUUGAUCAGUUUCUGAUAACAUCACGCUCGGUUCGUCUACGACAACUAAGUUGCAUUAAACGAGCUCGUCGGAUUGGCAUCGGUGUUGCCGUUUUCUGGAUAGUUCAAAGUGUGCCAUAUCUCGUCUUUGUCGACUUACGUUCAAAUGUUUGUACUAUCUGCAAUUCAUUCUGGCAAGUCUAUAAUGCUUACAUUGACUUUUGGUGUUUUUAUACAAUACUUCCAGUUCUGAUGAUGACUAUAUUCGGUAUACUUGCAUAUCGGAAUGUACGUGCUCUGAAAGACAUGCGGAAGUCACAAGGUGUUGAUCGGCAACUCACUCACAUGGUUUGUGGACAAAUUGUAUUGAUUAUUGUUUAUGUUGCGCCCUAUGCAACAUUUAAUGCUUAUUCGUUAAUAACAGCGGCUGUAAUUAAAACUCUUGAACAGAAAAGUAUUGAUUAUUUACUGGCUAAUAUUACCGGUCUGCUGAGUGUCUUUGGAGCUGGGGGUACCUUCUAUAUCUUCCUCCUUGUGUCAAGUAAAUUUCGCAAACAAGUCAAACGACGUCUCUACUGCGGUCUCUUGAAGUCAAAUACUAUCCUGCCUGCGAAUGGAAACAUAACUACAAUCUGA